AUGGGCUCGGCCCCGGCCAACCCCAGAACCCCCGUCACGUUACCGAUGCUCAAAAAGAUGCACAAGCAGGGUAACCCCAUCACCGUCAUCACGGCUCACGACUUCCCCAGCGCCCACGUCGCCGACGCCGCCCAGGUAGACGUCAUCUUGGUUGGUGACAGCCUGGCCAUGGUGGCCCUCGGGAUGACUGAUACGAGCGAAGUCUUGGUUGAGGAGAUGUUGUUGCAUUGUCGGUCGGUAGCACGCGCUACCAAGUCCGCCUUCACGAUCGGCGACCUUCCCAUGGGGUCAUAUGAGAUUGCACCUGCCCAAGCACUUGAAACCGCUAUCCGCUUCAAGAAGGAAGGCCGCAUGCAGGCAGUCAAGUUGGAGGGCGGCAAAGAGAUGGCGCCGGCGAUCGAGAAAAUCGUUAGUGCUGGUAUACCCGUCCUUGGGCACGUCGGCCUGACCCCUCAGCGGCGGGAUAUGCUAGGGGGCUUCCGGGUUCAGGGCAAAACCACAGCCAGCGCGACUAAGAUUCUCGAGGACGCCCUCGCUCUCGAAAAAGCUGGUUGUUUUGCGCUUGUCAUCGAAGCGGUUCCCUCGGAGGUAGCCACGCUUAUUACCAAGAGGUUGUCGAUCCCAACCAUUGGGAUAGGCGCCGGCAACGGUUGCUCCGGACAGGUGCUGGUCCAGGUCGACAUGACGGGCAACUUCCCUCCCGGUAGGCGCAUUCCUAAGUUCGCCAAACAGUACGGUAACGUCUGGGCAGAGAGCUUCCGGGCCAUCGAGACGUAUCGGGACGAGGUGAGAAGUCGACAGUACCCGGCCCCUGAGCAUACCUACGAUAUGCCUCAAAAGGAACUUGAGGGAUUCGCCGAGGUGGCUGAGAGUGUGUGA